AUGAUUUUUAACGAGGAUCUCCUCACUCUGAGGCGAUCAAUGCAGAGAAAAAAAAUGCUUCACUCGCUUGCCCAGUCGAUAGAUGAGGCCCUCCGCGGUUGGAGCGUAUCCGAAGGUUCGGAGGGCCAAAGCCUCCUCAUGGACCCCGGGGCCCUGUGUGCGGCCGCCGAGAGCGCCUGCCUCCCCCGCAGCGCCAGCUCUCUACUCAUGGCCUUCCGGGACGUCACCGUCCACAUCGACAGCAAUAGUUCCUACACCAUCUCGUCCGCUACCACCACCACUACCACCGCCUCGCUGGGCAACGCCGGCGGCGAGGCGGGCAGCAGGAAGACCUCGCUGAGCGGGAUGGGCUUCGUCGGAGGCGAGUCCGGCGAGGAGCCCGAGUUCCCGGCGCCUCCUCCCAGCGAGGAGCUGGAGAAUUUGGACCCGGGGUCGCGGAGGGGCUCCGCCGUGCCCCUCCCGGGGGGCGCCCCGUACGGCGACGGCAUCUCGGACAAAGCCGGGUCUACCUCCACGUCUACCUCCGCCGCCAUCGUCACCUCGGCCCAGUCAGACCAGCAGCCCGCCCAGAUUUACACCCAGUACCAGCAGUAUCACUACACCCACCCGCAGCAGCUGGCGCCGGGCGGCGGCCCCGAUGCCCUGCAGGCUCUGGUGGUCUCCCUGCCCAGGGAUCGAUGCCAGGAUCCGGCGGCCUGCCGUUCGCCCACCCUCUCCACCGACACACAUCGUAAACGGCUCUAUCGCAUUGGAUUAAACCUCUUCAACGUGUGAGUGCAAAGUACACUUUUUG